UACCGCCGAAGAAGAAGGCAAGCAGGCAGCCCCACAACCAUUGGAUUCCUUCCUCCUCCAGAAUCCCAGCCCUACAAGUAGCAGCGGCAGUCGCCGUAACAAUGGCGGAUCUCGUUUCCCUCCUCUCCGAUUCUCUCGAUUUCCCAUCUGCCUCUCUCCGCGUGGAUUUCACCCGUCUCCUUUGAAUCCUUCCUCGCCUACUCUUUCCAGUUCCGGAGCUCUCUCCUGACCCUCCUUUCCGGAUCGAUGCCUUGGUCCCCCAGAUUUCCUUGCCUGGCUCUGCCUCCACCCCAUCUACUCCGCAUCAAUUUGCCGCCCUCCUCCCUCUCUCAAAGCCGAGCCACCUGGGAAGAAGUUUAGGUGGUGGUUCCUGUUUCCAAAGACGUGAUUUUGUUACAAAAAUCUCCGUUUCAAAAGUUGCAGCUAUAUCAUGCCAACGUUUCCAGCUGUUCCAAUGACUUCGAUCAAUGGCCAAGGCACUAAGCAAGGUGGCAUUGCUGGAUUUUCAAGUUGUCCAACUUCAAAUACUUCUGGUAUUCCUGGAGUGAGUGGAAAGCAAAGGUUGAGAUGGACUUCAGAUCUUCAUAGCCGCUUUGUUGAUGCAAUCACUCAACUUGGUGGACCAGAUAGAGCAACACCAAAAGGUGUUUUAAGAGUAAUGGGUGUACCAGGAAUCACAAUAUACCAUGUGAAGAGUCAUCUCCAAAAGUACCGCCUUGCAAAGUAUUUACCAGAAUUGCCAAUUGAGGGUUCUAAAGAUGACAAGAAAGAUUCUGGCUGUCCACUCUCUGAUGUGGACUCUACACCAGGUACACAGUUGAAUGAUGCUCUGAAGAUGCAAAUAGAGGUGCAAAAAAGGCUUCACGAACAGCUUGAGGUACAAAGGCAGUUGCAGCUUCGAAUUGAGGCGCAAGGGAGAUAUCUCCAGAAGAUCAUUGAAGAGCAACAGAAGCAAGAUGGCACAACCAAGUCCUUGGACGAAAAAACAAUUAAACCAUGCCAUUCUCCUUCGAUCCGCGAUUCCCAUGGCAAACUACCAUCUUACAAGGAAUCAAGGAUAGUCGACCAGCUCCCGCACCAUGAAAUGCCUGAGCAAGAAUCUAAGCCGGAGCUUCACGGCCAUACUAACCAUGACUACAUGAAAGAAGUAAAAACAAUUUUAGCUUUAGGGCACUGAGAACUCUGUUUUGCAGUAUUGUAGUCCUAGCUGUUGAGAGCUGCCCCAUAAUGAAUCUGUGAUGACUAAUUCUAUUUGAUCUGUUGAACUUCCAUUAGGUUCAUUGGGGAGAAUUUGUGAUUAAAUUUCUAUUAGAUCUAUUGAAUGCGUGAUGAUUAAUUGGUUCA